CACAGAAGCAGCCAUAGCGCGUAGCUAGUCGAUCGUCGCAUAUCAAUAGGUCACAGUAUUGGUCAAAUUUUAUCGAAAAAAAAUACCAAAUUACGUGUUAAAUGUUAUAACAUUUUAGUGCCAAAGCGACCAUGGCCAUGUUAACUAGUGUUUUGACUGUUUUCAUUGCAAUAUCGGCGGUGACAGCGAAUGUGCCCACCCUGAAACUGCACGAUGGGCAUGACAUACCCGCGCUUGCACUAGGCACCUGGCUGGGUUUUAACUCAAAGGGCCGCGUUGAGCCGACAGCAGACGAGGUGGAGCGCGCCGUCUCCUGGGCGAUAGACGCGGGCUACCGGCACAUCGACACCGCCUUCAUCUACAAGGUGGAAGACCAGGUCGGCAGGGCGCUCGCCGCCAAGGUCGCGCAGGGAGUCAAGAGGGAAGACCUGUUUAUCACUACCAAGCUAUGGAACGACAAGCACGCGCAGAGUGCGGUGGUGCCGGCGCUGCGGCAGUCGCUGGCCAGUCUCGGCCUGGAGUACGUGGACCUCUACCUGAUCCACUGGCCUGUGGCCAAAUUCCAGUCGAACGGUACCUACGACUACACGGACUACGUGGAGACCUGGCGCGGCAUGAUGGAAGCCAAGAGCCUCGGCCUCACCAGGUCCAUCGGAGUCUCCAACUUCAACCAGCAGCAGAUCGACCGGAUCCUCGAGCAGGGCUUGGAGAAACCCACUGUUCUGCAAGUUGAGAUAAACCUGAACCUGCAGCAGCCGGAGCUGCUGGCAUACUGCGCGCGGCAGGACAUCCGCGUGAUGGGGUACACGCCCUUCGGGUCCCUGUUCUACCACAAGGCGCAGGAGACCGCACCGCCACCCAGGGUUGACGACCCGGCGCUGGUGGAGAUCGCCAACAAGUACAAUAAGACAGUGCCUCAGGUCGCCCUUCGAUACCUAGUGGAACUAGGCGUGAUUCCAAUCCCGAAGUCGUUGACGAAGUCCCGCAUCGAGCAGAACCUGCAGGUGUUCGACUUCAGCCUGUCGGCGGCGGAGCGCGAGCUGCUGCGGCGCUUCGACAGGGGCUACCGGACCAUCCCGCAGUACAAGUGGCUCGACCAUCCCUACUACCCUUUUGAGAAGAAGAACCAAGAUGAAUGAGCAAUAUUGUUUUCUAUGAAACUUGUGUUAAUAAACUCACACUA